AAGUUCUCCGCAUCUUCCUCACCGGCUCGGUAGACUUCAUUUUCCCGGGAAAGAAGCAAGGACUUUGCCGGAAAUUAAAGAAAGGGAAACUUUCAUGGAAUCAGUCGUUCAGCGGGUUCAGAAACGCGGAGGCCUGUAUGCAGAUCGCUUUCCGACGGUCGGCGAAGCUUGACUUUCUCUCUCUCCUCCUCCGAACCAUUCAAUAGGAAAAAAAAAGAGAAAAAAAAGAAGCUUUGUCUGGCCAAGCAACCGCAUUUUCUCGGCAGCUCCUUUAUCCUAUUUUAUUAGAUCCUUUGUUUAAGGUUGUCUGAGGAGGAAGACAGCAUGGGGGGAGGUGUGAAAGAAGGAAGCGAGCGAAAGCUGACCUGGUUCUCUCUCUCUAAACCGAGUCCGGUGCUUUUGUUUAUUCACUUUCUUUAAAAAGGGGAUCUUUUGGGGCAAUCGAUUAGUGGGUUCUUACAGUUCAUACCUCCUCAUCAUCACUACGCGUUUCUUUUGCGUGUUGAUUACCUGUUUCCCUUCUUUUUUCUUUCAUCGCCCGUCCCCGUUGUCUACUCAACGUGGGUGCUGUUUUGCUUGGCGUCCCUCCAUUGGAUCUGCAUUCGGGUCUGUGCUCGGUCCGUACAUGCAGACAUUCUCUCAGUGGGUGUUCUACCAGAUCUUGUGAUUGUUCAGUUACAGAUCGAGUUCAGCGACUUCUCGACUGAUCGCAGAAGCAAAACAGUGUCUUGUUCUGGAGUGGAACUUUGCCACGCCCUUUAGGAGCUGUGCUAUUGAGCUUUCUGGGUGUUGCUGACCUUAGCACCGUUAUUGGAUGCUAAGCUUGUUGAGGAUAAUGAAAUUUAGAGCAAGGGUCAACUAAAAUUGCCAGCCAGAGGGAAGCGGGUUGAAGUUAUUAGGCAAGUGUACAUGGCCUCUGGAGAAGGGAGGCGCCGUGGUCACGAUCUAGUGCCUCUUGCCGCGCUGAUCAACAGAGAGAUGAAGAAUGAGAAAUUGGAGAAGCCCACUGUGAGGUAUGGCUGUGCUUCCCAAUCUAAGAAGGGAGAAGAUUUCUUUCUGAUAAAGACGGACUGUCAGCGGGUCCCCGGAAAUCCUUCGUCAGCAUAUUCUGUUUUUGCAGUCUUUGAUGGUCAUAAUGGAAAUGCUGCCGCCAUUUAUUCGAAGGAGCAUUUAUUAAAUCAUAUUAUCAGCGCUAUGCCUCGUGGUCUUGGACGAGAGGAUUGGCUCCAAGCUCUCCCUAGGGCAUUAGUUGCUGGAUUUGUGAAGACAGAUAAGGAAUUUCAGAGGAGAGGAGAAACCUCUGGAACAACUGCUACUUUUGUAAUCGUUGAUGGAUGGACUGUGACCGUUGCAUGCGUUGGAGAUUCUCGUUGUGUUUUAGAUGCUCAGGGGGGCGCUGUUUCUAAUCUAACUGUUGAUCACAGACUUGAAGAUAAUGCAGAGGAGAGGGAGCGAGUCACUGCAAGUGGAGGUGAAGUUGGAAGACUGAGCAUCUUUGGUGGUGCUGAGAUUGGUCCCCUCCGCUGUUGGCCAGGUGGACUAUGCCUUUCCAGGUCAAUUGGAGACAUGGAUGUAGGAGAAUUUAUAGUUCCAGUACCCCAUGUUAAGCAAGUGAAGUUAUCAAACGUAGGCGGGAGACUCAUAAUUGCUUCAGAUGGUAUUUGGGAUGCCCUUCCUUCUGAAAUGGCUGCAAAAUCUUGUCGUGGAGUGCCUGCAGAACUUGCUGCUAGACAAGUGGUGAAGGAAGCAUUGAGGACAAGAGGGCUGAAGGAUGACACAACAUGCAUUGUUGUUGACAUAAUUCCACCUGAUAAUUCCAUACAGAUUGCACCUCCCCCAAAAAAGCAGAACAAACUGAGGGCACUAUUAUUUAGGAGCAAGUCCAAGGGUUCUGCUAAUAAGCUGUCGAAAAAGCUGUCAGCUAUUGGCAUAGUUGAAGAACUUUUUGAAGAAGGCUCAGCGAUGCUCGCAGAAAGAUUAGGGACUGAUGAAUCCGUGGGGCAAUCCACAUCCGGUCUAUUUGUAUGCGCAGUGUGCCAAGUCGAUCUUGCUUCCAGUGAGGGCAUCUCUGUUCACGCCGGUUCUAUAUUCUCAACCAAUACAAAGCCCUGGCAAGGGCCUUUCCUUUGUGGUGAUUGCCGUAACAAGAAGGACGCAAUGGAGGGAAAGCGUCCGAGUGGAGUUAAAGUGGUCUAAAUUGUAGCUUGCAUUAUUUUUGUUCAUCUAUUCUUUUCCCCGCUCCAUUCUUUUUGUACUAAAUUCACCAUUUUUCAUGGUCUGGGCGAUUGUUUGAAUCUUAAAGUGGUAUCGACGCUAAUGUAUAUGUAAUGUCACCAAAAUAAUGUCGACCUUAGAGUAGCAUUUUAAUUAUGAGUUCAUUUGUGAGUUGUGAGGACA